GUGAUUUUGCGUGUGCUUUAAAUCAGUUAUGUUAAAAUACCUGUUAUAUACAAACGUAGUUUAAAGACGGGCAGGAGGGAUAUAUAUAUGCUGGUAUCUCUUGAAUAAGAAACCUGUAUAAAAUGUUUGAGAUUAUUUUCACUGCAUUUCUAUGUGGAUUAACUCUCUAUUUAUUAAGAGGAAUCUCUCUAGCAGCACGGAAGCGCUACCCUCCUGGUCCAUGGGGAUUUCCAGUCAUUGGUCACCUGCCUCUGUUUGGCCGUCUCCCCACAGAGACCUUUCUGCAAUGGAGACACUCAUAUGGAGACAUUUUCCGUAUCCGGAUGGGCGCCUGGCCGGCCGUGGUGGUGAACGGAUACAGCGCUGUGAAGGACGCAGCUGAUAAGCCCGGGGAUGUGUUUUCGGGCCGACCUGACUUUGUCACAAAUAAGGCACUGCGUGAGGCAUUCAAUGGAGACGAUCCUUUAGCAUUUGCGAACUUUUCUCCGAGGUAUCUUCAACACCGAAAAUUUACCGUAGCUGCUCUUGCUAUGUACAUGAAGAGAUGUGAUUUCGAAAGCCUUUUUAUUGAGGAGUCUGACAGAUUUGUGAGGAUAUUGGUCAAAGACAGCAAACUUUGUGAGCUCGACAUCGGGCUUUAUGCGUACAGAGCUAUAGCUCGAGUUCUGUAUCAGGUGUUAUAUGGGGUAGAAAAAAGUGCUGAGUUUGAAAAAAUAUUGAAUGAAAUUGUAGAGUCUACAUUGAAUUUCAACAAAUUUGUCGGUGCAGGGAAUCCGGUCGAUGUAAUACCGUGGCUGCGAUAUAUACUUCCAUAUAAAGUAAAAGAAUUUAUGAACGUUGCGCUAGAGUUGAAAUGGAUUACAAAGAGAAACAUUAAAAUGCACGUUCAGGAAUACGCUCAAAGAAACAGUGUAAAUGAUCUAACAGACGCGCUGGUAUUUUACGGCGAAAACCUCCCAGAGAAAAGUGAAAAUUCUACGUUGUUAACUAAGACUGCGCUACUGGAUACCUUGUUUAACCUCCAAGGUGCGGGGUUGGACACGACGGCUAAGACUGUUCAGUGGCUCAUGAUUUACAUGGUAGCAUUUCCUAAUGUCCAGCGGAAAGUACAGGACGAAAUAGACCAAGUUGUCGGAAGCGGUCGUCGUGUUUCGCUGAAAGACCGAGCAUACCUGCCCUACACAGAGGCCACGAUUCAUGAAGUUCUUAGAAAAAAUUCUAUAGUUCCGUUUGCGCUCCCUCAUUUUACUAUUGCAGAUACAAAACUGUGCGGUUUCGACAUUGAUAAAGGCACUGUUGUGUUUUUAAAUUUACAUUCGGUAUCUUUUGAAAAGGACUUCUGGGGAGACCCGGACGUAUUUCGCCCUGAGCGAUUUCUGACUAAACAGAACACCCUCGAUAGCUCCAAAUGCCAUCACGUUUUAUCGUUCGGGUCAGGACGGCGCAGGUGCAUCGGUGAAUCGCUGGUGAGACAGGAGAUUUUCCUAGUGUUUGCGACACUAAUGCAGAGGUGCAGGCUUAGCGUUACUGAUCCAGGUGACGUCGAUUUGAGCUCGGUCCCCUCACUCGUAUAUGGACCUACCACGUGCAAAAUGCGCGUACUCGAGCGUUAAAUGUGGUGUUUGGCAUUGUUGUGGUGUUUGGCAAUGAUGUGGUGUUUGGCAAUGAUGUGGUGUUUGGCAAUGAUGUGGUGUUUGGCAAUGUUGUGCCUAUCCAUGUUGUGUUGUGUUUGACAUACCUGCGGUGUUUAACAUUGCUGUGGCGUUUAACAUUUGACUUGGUUUUUGACAUUACUGCAGUGUUUAACAUGAUGUGGUGUUUGACAUGAUGUGAUGUUUGACUAUUCCUUAGUGUUUGACAUUAUUGUAGUGUUUGACAAUACUGUAAUGUUUAACAUUGCUGUGGUGUUUGACAUAGCCUUGGUGUGUGACAUUACUUGAGUUUUUCAGCUUGAUGUGAUGUUUGAUAUUGAUGUGGUAUUUGCCAGUGAUGUGGUGUUUGCCAUUGAUGUGGUGUUUGACAUUACUGUUAUGUUUGACAUUGCUGGGAUGUAUGAUAAUGCUCUUGCGUUUUAAAUUCCUCUGGUGUUUGACAUUCCUGUGGUGUUUUACAUUGCCUUGUUGUUUGACAUAACUGUGGUCUUUAACAUUGCUGCGCCACGCGAGCGUUAACUGCUGUGCUCGACAUUGCUGUGUCUCUCCAUUGACUUCUCCCCUACUCUAUAAGCCAUUGUAUUCGUAUUAAAGUGAAUAUUAGUAAAGAUUUGUAUUUUGCUUUUAUAUAAAAGCUGCACUCUUCACAGAUUUACCAUUUUUCAACUUUUUAUUUUAUUUUUUGUCUUGGAAAGGGUAAAUAUUGAUAUGCACCAGCAUAUGAACGGUUGUGUUAGAAAAAUAUGCACUUACCUUAAUUCUUUGUAUAAUAUGUAUUGUUGUUGUUAUCGGUCAAUGGCAAAUCACACAAGAAACGCCCGCCAUUCCAGGCGCGCCAGCCUUGUUUGAAUUUUGCCACCGCCGAGUGAGCAAUCAUUCCACAGGGAUGAAAGUUAUUACAAAUGCUACACAAAGCUAUCUACAUUUAUUUUAUUCAGAUUUCAUUGCUCACACACCUGAUAAACUUGGGUAAAAACACAGAAAAUCAGACGUGAAUAUCCUCGUGUUCAUAUAGAGAAGAUUGUUUAUUUACUUUUUCAAAGUUCAUGAUCUAUGACGACGCAAUCUUGGAUUGGCUGUCAGCCAAUAUUUUUGGGUCAUUUGACCCAAAUAUAUCACAGUGAUUUGAAGGGAAUGUGCUGAAUUUUGACCUUUACAAAAUUUAGUGACAUUAUACCUAAAAUAACCUAAAAUAUUUUAUUUUUUUCUUCAGAUUCAUCAAAGGGGUCACUCAUACCAACUAUCUAGCAUAAAUAACUAUGAAUUACGGCACUUUUACAAAGUCAGAAAAUCUCGAUUUGUCUAAAUAGAAAAACAAAUCGAGAUUUUCUGACUUUGUAAAAGUGUAGGAAUGUCAAAAAAUAAAAAGUUGUCAAAACGUUCAAUCUGUUAGAGUGCAGCUUUAACGAAAAACAUUGACUCGAGAAAAUUAAGAAUUGUUUUACAACUAUCGUUAUGCUUGAUAACUAUAGUUAUACAAAUAUCAACAUGCUCGAUACACGAUAAUAAUACAUCUAUCGGCAUGCCUGAUACACUCAAGUUAUACAACUAUCGGCAUGCUCGAUUCACGAUAGUAAAACAUCAGUCGACAUGCUUGAUACGCUAUAGUGAUACAACUAGAUACACCAUUGUCAUACGACUAUCAGCAUGCUAGAAACACCAUUGGCAUUCGACUAUUAGCAUGCUAGAAACACCAUUGUCAUACGACUAUCGUUAUGCUUGAUUCACUAUAUAGCAAUACAACUAUCGGCAUGCUAGAUACACUAAAGUAAUACAACUAUCGGCAUGCUUGAUACACUAAAGUAAUACAACUAUCGGCAUGCUAGAUACACUGUAGUUAUACAACUAUCGGCAUGCUAGAUACACUGUAGUUAUACAACUGUCGGCAUGCUAGAUACACUGUAGUUAAACAACUAUCGGCAUGCUAGAUACACUGUAGUUAUACAACUAUCGAUUUGUAGAUACACUAUUGUUAUAAAACUAUCGCCAUGAUUGAUACACUAUAGUUAUACAUUGAUCAGCAUGCUAGAUACUCUAUAGUUAUGUAAUGUUCAUGGAAUCAUGUAGUCCGGAGCCCGGAAAAUAAACAUUUCUGUUUUAGUAAAUUUAUAGAGUAUUUGAUUUUCAUUUUAUCGCUUCUUUUACUUUAUGAUGAUUUCGUGUAUUUAAUACUUUUGUUAUGGUUUAAGUUCUAAAUGUCUAAACUUAGCUAGUAAAUCACAAAUAAAUACAAAAGCGGU